AUGUCCUCUGGCUAUCUGCCAGGUUUUCUGGGAACCAUUUGUGGGUAUUUGCUGAUUCGUCCCGCCAGAGCCCUGGAAACCAAUGAACUGCCAUCGAUUGUCCAGAAGUAUGCCACAACAGCCAAAUUGGCCGAAGAGGCUGGCUGGGAUGGUGUUCAAAUCCAUGCAGCACAUGGGUAUUUGAUUGCACAAUUUCUGUCGCCAUCUGCCAAUCAGCGGACCGACAAGUAUGGAGGAAGCGCAGAGGGACGCAAAAAGUUGCUGCUGGAAGUCAUUGCUGCUAUACGGAAGGUCACCUCACCAUCGUUUGUAGUGGGUAUCAAGGUCAAUACCAAAGAUCGCGCUACAGAAGGAGCAGAACGCGAAACAGAAUGCUUGCAUCUCAUUCAAGAGCUUUGUGGCAUGGAGCAGUUGGAUUUCAUUGAGCUGUCAGGUGGUGGUUUCGAAGAUGCAAUGUUCGUCACCACGACAGACUCGGCGGCUACUGGCACAUUUGGAUCCUUUGCCGAACGCUUGAAGAGCCAACUACAAUUCACAGAAAAAUCUCCCAAAAUCGUACUCACUGGUGGAUUUCGAACCAAGGCUGGCAUGCAACAAGCCCUGAAGCAGCACCUGUGCGACAUGAUUGGAUUGGGAAGGCCGGUUAUUACAUAUCCCCAAUUUUCCACCAAACUCUUGGCUAGCAGCAAUGAUGACGUUCAAUCCACUUGUUCCACAUUGCAGGCCCCAAUCUUUGGGGAAAUCCUGGAUGCGGCAUUGAAUAGUUUGUGGUAUCAAAGACAACUGCACCGCAUAUCGGUUGGACUGAACCCCAAUCCCAAUCUAUCCUACCUCUAUACCCUGGCAGUGUCCUUUUUCUUGGCAUACAUUUGGGACUUUGACUUUGGAGGGCAUGCUCUGUACAAAAAGAAUUCUACCGGGACCAACACAGACAGCAAUAAGAACAAGAAGGAGUAA